AUGGCGUCUCACCCACAGCCAUCGCCACCCAUGCACCCCCAUCCUCACCAUCCGGCCAUGGCCAACCACCCACAGGUCAACGGCCACCUGCCCAUGCAGCAGCAGCAGGCCCAGGCACAGCAGCAGGCACAGCAACAGGCACAGCAGCAGGCCCAACAGCAGGCCCAGCAGCAGCAGCCGCCGCCAGGGCCGCAGCAGGGUCCUCAACCGCAGCCUGGCCCGCCUGGCCCGCCGCAGCAGGCUCCAGGACAGCCCCAGAAGGGCAUGCCUCCUACCAUCUCGCAGAAGAUAGCACAGCUCAACGAGGGCGUCUGGCUCCAGAUCGGAACGUUGUCUGAGCUGAUGAACGACUGUGAUGGUGCGAUGUAUGCCUUUGAGCAGGCCAUUCGACACAACCAGUGGUCCAUCCCCGCCAUGAGUGCCAUCUCUUGUCUCCUGCGUAGCCGGGAACAGUUCCAGAAGGCCAUAGAGUAUCUCCAGGCCAUUCUCAAGCUCGACCCCCAGUCUGGCGAGUCCUGGGGCUCUUUGGAAGCAUACACGGCCUACCAGCAGGCCCUCUACCACCUGCGUGAUCCCAAGGAGCCAAAGCUCUGGUACGGUAUCGGAAUUCUCUACGAUCGAUACGGAUCGUUGGAUCAUGCCGAAGAGGCCUUUUCCCAGGUCAUGCGCAUGCAGCCGGACUUUGAGAAGGCAAACGAGAUCUACUUCCGCCUCGGUAUAAUAUACAAGCAGCAACAGAAGUUUGGGCAGAGUUUAGAUUGUUUUAAAUAUAUUGUCAACGACCCGCCCCGGCCACUGACAGAGGAAGACAUCUGGUUCCAGAUCGGCCAUGUCCAUGAACAGCAGAAAGAUUUCGAAGCAGCCAAGGCGGCUUAUAGACGGGUGCUCGAGCGUGAGCCUAACCAUGCAAAGGUCCUGCAGCAGCUCGGCUGGCUCUACCACCAGCAGAACAACAACUACAGCAGCCAAGAACAAGCCAUUGAAUAUCUCGAGAAGUCUGUUUCCGCAGACAACAGCGAUGCGCAGAGCUGGUACCUGUUGGGACGCUGCUACAUGUCUCAGGCCAAAUAUCCCAAGGCCUAUGAAGCCUACCAGCAGGCAGUAUACAGAGACGGCCGCAACCCGACUUUCUGGUGCUCCAUCGGAGUGCUGUAUUACCAGAUCAACCAGUACCGCGAUGCGUUGGAUGCAUAUUCGCGCGCCAUCCGUCUGAACCCGUACAUCUCAGAGGUGUGGUACGACCUAGGCACACUGUACGAGUCAUGCAACAACCAAACGAGCGAUGCAUUGGAUGCGUACGGCCGCGCCGCUGACCUAGACCCAACCAACGCGCACAUCAAAGCGAGACUGCAGCUGCUUCAAAGCGGACAGGCGGGUGGCGCCAAUGCAGGCAACGCCCCAGCUCCCCAAGAUGUGCAUCCUCAAGCAUAUCAGCAGGCUGGUGUUGGUGCUCCGCCAGGCCCUCAAUGGGGCGCUCCCGCUCCUGGGCCGGGUGGACUGCCACCCCAAGGUCCCGCUCCGCCAGGCCGUAUCACUGAAUGGGGCCGACCAAGUGGCGAGCCGCAGAAUGCCAAUGCUCAUGGACCAGGAAGCCAGUUUGAGCAACGAGAAAACGUAAGAGGACCUCCUCCUCCAAUGCAAUCAUCAUCCCAAAUUCAGGUUCGGGUUCAGGCCAGCCCACGCCAGGAGCAGUUCCACGAACCGCACCCGCCCUACCGGCCUCCCCCAUCCAUCUCCUCCCGCAAGGGCCAAUCCUCCCCUUCUCCCAAAUUCCCCUUGUCGAACACGCAUACUUAUACUGGAACCCAGGUUCUCCCACAGCUAGUUCCCCCCCAACAGCAUGAUGGACCCGGUGGCCCUCCUAACGGUCCCGGUCCAGCGCCUGGCCCUCCCUUCCAGCAGCCACGACAGGGUCUCGGACCUGGUCCUGGCCACGGUCCCGGCCCUAGCCAGGGACCAAACGGCGCUGCACCUUCACAGUACGGCCGGCCAUUCACUCCACCCACUGAAAUCCGCCCCAUCCGCGAAGACCGUCCUGCCUCAGCCAACGGCAACAAUGCCGCUGCCAACGCAAACAGCGGCGGCCCGGGCCCAUCCUUCCCACCACCACACCAGCCGUACCACCUUGGCCCCGGUCCUGGCCCCGGCCAAGGCGUGCAGCAGAACGGUGGCAUCGCUUCAGGAGCUCCUGCACCAGCCGCAGCCAUCGCAGCAGCGGAGGCAGCAGCUCGCGAGCGAGAUGAGAGGCCCGCGUCCAGCAUGAAGCGAGUGAGAGAAUGGGAGCCCGAGCCUGGCCCUGGUGCCGGCCCGGUCAAGAAGAUUGCCAACGAAGAGUCACGCAGUCGUCUUGACGGCAGACAUGAUACCAGGAUGGAGGACCAGCAAGGGCCUCUCACCACUCCCGGUCCUCUCAGGGGCCGUCCCGCCGCGCAUCACCGACCGGGCCCGGUGCGAGCAUGGGGGGCGGUCAACGUCGGUCCAGGACGCAUGUCUUCGCCCCGGGAUCUUCGACGCCGCAGUUCUUCCGAAGGCCGUCGUGAUGAUCGAGACCAUGCCGACGAGCCCAUGAACCAUACCAUCCCUCAGAGGCCGCCACCACCCGCCAACUCUCCCACCAAUACAGCACAUGGGAGCCAAGAGCGAACCCCAGACCCCUGGUCAGGCUCAGCCGGGCCCAUCCGGCCCACAGUCUCUCCCACCGCUCUCUGCCGGCCUCCCAAAGGACGAACGUGA